AUGGGGUCCUGUGCCAUUGUGAAUGACACCAACAUCUCGUCUAGCCUCGAGAGCAAUGCCACCGGAGUCACAGCCUUUUCCAUGCCCGGCUGGCAGCUGGCCCUGUGGGCCAUAGCCUACCUAGGCCUGGUGCUGGUGGCUGUGGUGGGCAAUGCCACGGUCAUCUGGAUCAUCCUGGCCCAUCAGAGGAUGCGCACGGUCACCAACUACUUCAUCGUCAACCUGGCCCUGGCCGACCUCUGCAUGGCUGCCUUCAACGCCACCUUCAACUUCGUCUACGCCAGCCACAACAUCUGGUACUUCGGCCGUGCCUUCUGCUACUUCCAGAACCUCUUCCCCAUCAUGGCCAUGUUUGUCAGCAUCUACUCCAUGACAGCCAUCGCCGCUGACAGGUACAUGGCCAUCGUCCACCCCUUCCAGCCACGGCUCUCAGGCCCCGGCACCAAAGCGGUUAUUGCUGGUAUCUGGUUGGUGGCCCUGGCUCUCGCCUUCCCGCAGUGCUUCUACUCCACCAUCACCAUGGACCACGGUGCCACCAAGUGCGUAGUGGCCUGGCCUGAAGACAACGGGGGCAAGAUGCUCCUCCUGUACCACCUCACGGUGAUCGCACUCAUCUACUUCCUGCCUCUCGUGGUGAUGUUCGUCGCCUACAGCGUCAUCGGGCUCACGCUCUGGAGGCGCACCGUCCCGGGACACCAAGCGCACGGGGCCAAUCGGCGUUACCUGCACGCUAAGAAGAAGUUUGUGAAGACCAUGGUGCUGGUGGUGGUGACGUUUGCCAUCUGCUGGCUGCCCUACCACCUCUACUUCAUCCUGGGCAACUUCCAGAAGGACAUCUACUGCCACAAGUUCAUCCAGCAGGUCUACCUGGCACUCUUCUGGCUGGCCAUGAGCUCCACCAUGUACAACCCCAUCAUCUACUGCUGCCUCAACCACAGGUUUCGCUCUGGAUUCCGGCUUGCUUUCCGUUGCUGCCCCUGGGUCACACCAACUGAGGAAGAUAAGCUGGAGCUGACUCACACCCCGUCACUCUCCGUGAGGGUCAACAGGUGUCACACUAAAGAGACUUUGUUCAUGGCUGGGGAUGUGGCCCCCUCAGAAACCACCAAUGGGCAGGCUGAGGGCCCCCAAGAGGGGAUGCCUCCUAACGUCUUGCCCUGGUUGCAUGGCGAGGCUUAGCGCUCUUCAGGAGGUACUCAGCCAAGUCCAGAUUGGAAAGUCUGGCCUAUUCCCCACCCUUCAAUACACCCAUUGAAAACAAGACUGGGUCAGAACUCUACAAAGGAUGCUGACUUGAAGAGGACUCAGCCACGCAUCUGAGAGCACUUCAGGGGACCCGGGAAGGGUCAGAGAAGACAGAGUGAGCUAAUAAUGAUCUGAUCUAAGUGCUCAAAGCCCAAACGCCUUCCCAGGGCAUACUCCAUAGUGCAUUCGAUGCAGGAUGGGAGGAAGCUGCAAACAUGAUGAUAAAAGGCAACGGAUUCCCUAGCCUCAGAAAGGAGGGACUGGUGGGGACUGUGGCACCCAAAGGUGACAGUGGCUGCUCAGCUCUGGACAAAUGUUGCCUCACAGUAAUAAGAGCCCAUUAUUGCCUGAUCUUCUAAACCUUUCAUGGGAAACUAGAAAACCACAUUUGUGUGUGAGACCUCCGGACUUGUUAAAUCUGGCUUACAUUUUUUUAAGUCUUUCUUUUUGUUUUAAAAAUU